AUGCUCCAGCGCGCUCCGGUAGCCCCACGGGGCCCUAGAAAUGCCUCUCCCAGCGUACGUGGCCGAGGUGGAAUACAGAAACGCAGCAAGGCAGGCGGUCCAGGCAGAGUCGACAGAGAUGGGGACCUGGUUAUGGAUGCCACUGCAGCUGGUGACAAGCGCAGAUCAGGCAAAGGCCGCCUGGAAGGCCCUGCAUCUUCCAGAGGAGCAGGGCGAGGACGCGGAGGACCAUCGCGGGGCGCGAAUUUCGGAGCCGUAAAGACUCAGCAGGCCAUCAUUCGAGGCUUGGAAACCAGGCAGGCAAAUGUCCUAGAGUCGCGCAUCACAACUGGAGGUACCACACUUCAAAUCGACGGACUAAGUUCUAGUAAGGCCGCUUCGAACCCGGACGGAGGCGUGGAAAGCUUACUCGCAUUUCUGGAACGAAAGGCCAGCGGACCGAAUAGGAAUGUGAAGAUCAAGAAGUCACACAAAAAAGGUGACUCUGUAUUUGUCACGGCCAGCUCAGAGGACAUCGCCGAAAUACAGAAGCUCGAUGGUUUCACCUUUGCUGGAGCCACUCUGGGGAUCCAGGCCCGUGACUCCCCGUCAUCCGCGUCAAGACCUGACAAAUUCGGAGAUAAAAGGAAGGAUGAGGUAUCUUCGAAUGCAAUGGAAAUCAAGGAACGCCUAAAGGGCGUUCUUGCGGCGAGGUACAAUGGCGACCUCAAGUUACUCAACCUGUCAGCACUGGCACAGGACCCUGGACUGAAGGAGAUGGGCGUUUUCGACGGAAAUACAACCACUUCGAAAAUCUUCCCUGCCUUGAUGGUCGUCUGUGGGGGCCUUUUCAAAACCAGACAAGAAAAGCAAGAUGCCAUUGUAAGCGUCACUCUUGCGGACAAUGAUCUCGCCGAUGUGUCAGAUGUCACUGCCCUUGCCCAAACUUUCCCAGAUCUCCAGCAUCUCGACCUAUCUCGAAACAGACUCACACAAAUGAGUAAUUUUGAUGCCUGGGGCGCUAAAUUCAGGCAUCUUUCCACUCUCAUCCUCACCGGCAACCCAAUUGAGACGCAACUGGCCACGCUCAAACCCGAUAUCAUGAAAAAAUACCCUUACCUCGAAAUUUUGAACGGGAUCCAAAUCAGAACACCUGAAGAGGUUGCAGCCGCUUUGGAAACUGCAAAGUCGCCCAUUCCGAUUGCAGGACCAGACUUCCGAGAUGUUGGCCAGGUUGGCGAGAACUUCAUCCGACAGUUCGUUGUUCUGUACGACACCGACCGCUCAGCAUUAUUGGCAAACUUCUACGAUGCCCAAUCUGUUCAUUCGCUAUCUGUCAACCAGAACGCUCCUCGAGGCCACAAGAACUCGGCACCAAUCGCCCCUUGGGCACCAUAUAUCAAGCAGUCUCGAAACCUAGUUAAAAUCAACAAUCUACCAACACAGAUGACACGACUCCACAGAGGAAGUCAAGCCAUUCAAAAAUUGUGGUCCGCUUUACCCGCAACUCGCCACCCCGAUAUACAGACCGCAGGCGACAAAUAUCUGAUUGAAUGUCAUGCUCUUCCAGGCCUAGCAGACCCCACCGGCCAAAGUGUCCGCGGAGUGGACGGACUCAUCAUCACAAUGCACGGAGAAUUUGAAGAACAGAACGAAUCGCCUGGAAUAUCUUUGCGAAGCUUCUCGCGAACCUUCGUCUUAGGCCCAGGAGCUUCGGGGGCACAGCCAAUUCGGGUCGUAAGUGAUAUGCUGACACUUCGUGCAUGGGGCCCACUGGCGUUGCCAAAACCCCCACUGAACCCUCAAGCCAAUACAACAAUAAUCACUACCGAGCAACAAAAACAAGAGGCCAUGGCUAUGCAAUUGGUUGAGAGAACGGGAAUGACGCCACAAUAUUCAGCAUUGUGCCUGACGGAAACUGGAUGGGACCUUGAGAAGGCUUUCAUGGCGUUCACUGCCAAUAAGGACAAAUUACCUGCCGAUGCAUUUAUAACGAACGCGGCAAGCUGA